AUGCGGACGCUGGCUACUUUCGACUUAUUGGCCGCUGGCUCAACCCACGUGACAUCUCACACCCUAACUCGAACUCAAACGCGAACUCGAAGCGUCAAGAUUCAUCGACGAACAAUACUUCGAGUUCUGACAUUGCCGUGUUCUCCCUCUGUAGCAGAUCUAGCAUGGCGCGACGCCAUUGUUUUCAGUCCGGGCCACCAGAACCCGGCCAAGGCGCCGGCGGUGCCCAUACCCAACAUCGAGAACACAACCCUCACUUUCAACAACUCCGUCUCUGCAUUUGACCCCCGAGACUUAAAUCUACAUUCUUUCCAGCGACGCGAUGCGCUGCGUUGCGACGAUGGGCCCUGUGUCGACAAGAGUUGCUGUAGCAAAGAGGGAAUUUGCGGCUACGGUCCGUCGUUCUGUGGCGAUGGCAAUUGCACCUCACUAUGUAAUGCUACCGCCAUGUGCGGAGAAUUUAGCGAAAACGCUGACAUGCCGUGCGUCAUGAAUCUCUGCUGUUCAGCUAUGGGCUGGUGCGGUUCCGAGCCACUUUGCCGUGUUAGGCUGGGUACGGCUCAUGUGCUACUUACCCAUCGCCAUCUUGUGCCAAAGGAGAUAGAAGCUCCUCCGGACGCACUGUGGGAUAUUACCAGUCGUGGAACCUUCGCACGCGGAAAUGCAACAAAGUUUCCCCUACGCAGCUUAACAGUAUCGGCUACACUCACCUGUUCUACUCUUUCGCAUUCAUCGACCCGAACUCCUUUAAAAAUUGUUCCCGCGCACUCGGACGACGAUGCAAUGAUGAGAGAGUUUGUAGGUCUGUCCAAGGAUGGCAAGCUACAGACUUGGAUCGCUAUUGGUGGAUUCGACUUCAGUAACCCCGAAGCGGCAACGCAUACCACGUGCACCUACGGGUUCCAAGGAGUUGACCUUGAUUGGGAAUACCCCGGAGCCCCAGAGCGAGGCGGCCGAAAGCUAGCUGACACGAGAAACUUUACUCUGCUGCUGCGGGAAAUGCGGGCAGUAUACGGCACGCGGUACGGUAUCAGCUUGACGCUGGCUCCGGACUACUGGUACUUGCGCUGGUUUGACGCAAAGGCCAUGGAGUCGAGCGUUGACUUUUUCGGAUUCAUGGCUUACGACCUCCACGGCUCCUGGGACUCGGAUGUCCUGGCUCUCGGCAAGAAGGUGCGUGGCCAAACCGAUAUCCACGAGAUCGGCAACAACACGAUACCACUGUGGUUCGACGGUCUGGACCCGAAGAAGAUCAACUUCGGCCUAGCUAUGUACGGCCGCGGCUACACUCUGAGCGACCCCAGCUGCAACGAGCUUCUAUGUCCCUUCUCAGGCCCUAGCAAGCCGGCGCCCUGCACCGACUUCGGCGGCGUCAUGUCGCUCCACAAGAUCCAGCAGUGGAUAGGAUACGACGAUGAUGAGACGUUUGCAGCGAAGAAGGAGUUUGCGGACGGCAUGUGCUUCGGCGGCACCAUGAUUUGGAGCAUCGACUUUCAGGUUGGUGGGUCUGGUUCAGACGAACCUGAUGGCGGUGGAGAGGUUGUAUACCUCGCACCUGGCGUCUACACAGGAGGACCUGCCCAGUGCACAGCCCCUUGCCGCUUUGUGCUGCCUCCCAGGGCUCUCCCCUCCCCAACUACCAUCUCGAUCCCGCUGUAUAUAACAUCCAUUGAGCUCGCACCCGGCACUACCACGACCAUCACCGUUACAGUGCCGGCCAUCACGACAAGCUCGAUCGAGUAUUACAAUGUCCCUAUUACCUCGGGCCAGCCCACCACAGGUUACACUUUCACGCCUACCGCCAGUCUCAGCAUCCAACCUGUCACCACAACUUUCACACUUUCGGGAGGUGCCACUCAGGUCCGGACUCUGGUACUUCCACCCUGGCCUGCCAUCACGAUAGGUCCAUCCGGCGACUGGAACUCGACCGACUCGAACUCGACUAACCCAGGUAACGGCACAGGUACGGGCUGGCCAUUUCACAACAUACCACCGCUGGGACCUCCGCCGCCGAGCGUUACCAUCCCCAGUAGAGAAAAGCCUGAGUGGACUCCACCAGUCGUUCCCGAUCCUCCUGCGGCAACAAUAUGGCCAGCGUUGUUCGAGAUUCGACCCGUGGAAACGGAAGUUCCAGAAGGGGGAGAAGAUGACGAUGGCGAUGGGCCUAAGUCCAAGUCUACUUGCAAACUCUGGUUUUUCGGGAUCUGUAUCAAAUGGGCCGAUUUUGACGUCAACAUUGGUGGAUGGGAGUGGAACAUGCCAGUAGGCACUUGGGGACCCGGCCCACCACCAGUCGGGAGUAUCAAACUGCCCCCGGGCUUUACAAUCAAGGGAGCUCUUCCUCCCUGGCCCAAGAUCACUGUGCUCCCCGGAGACAAGGUCAAUGCUCCCAUCAAGCCGGCAGACUGCACCCCCGCAGAGGCGUCGCUUUGUCUGACCACCAGCUCGUUCGGAACGACCGUCUCUGGCGGCGCCACCCGGACGACCGCCACGGAAGUCAAGUCCACCUGCGCGACCAUCACCGGCUGCAAUUUCCGAGAUGCCGAGACCACCACGACUGUCGACGCCUGCUAA